GGUGGUAAUAAAAAAAUAAAAAUAAAGUGUAAAUAAAAAAAAAUAUGAUGCAUGAAAAAAAAAUUUAAGCAUGUGCAUGACAAAUAGAGAGAAGCAAAAAGAAGAAAACGAAGAUUAGCAAAAAAUUAAAAAGGAAGAAUUAAAAAAAUAUAUGGAUACGAUGGAUACAGGCGACCCGAGUACACGGCUUGCGGUGUACGUGAUCGCGUGAUGGCAGCUCCUGCGAAUGUAAAUAUAGAAAUAUUUUCGCCAACGCUCACCCACAGGUAUGCUGCUCUCGUGGAUGCCGCCACGCACUCAUCUGAACUUGACACUCGUGGACCAGCAGGGCUGCCAGCCUCCGAAUGUCUGGCACAGCACGGAGAUGCAUUCUCCGAGACACACCCCUUCCUAUUGCCGAGCCUGGCUGGCGUGCCGGCACUAAUGCUGGGUUCGUCCUCCAACUUCGUCCCGUUACAACUGAUGCCGCCGCUGCUUCCGGUGCCACGGUACGAAAUCUGUGGUACGUAUAUUUACAGCGUGCAAUCAGACCGUCCGGUUCAGUCGACGGUUGGAUGCUGCGGCGAACAGGCGCUACGGAUUGACUUUCAAGUGCACAAUUGGAUUUCAAGGGACACCGGAAACAGCUGUUCCUGAUGGCACAUUGGUGAAGUUAAAUGUGGCCAACCAGUGCUGGAGUUAAUUGAAACUUUUUACAUCUUAAAGGUGAUGGAUUGAGGGACUAUGUGAACUCUGUCGGGUACGACAAUUCAGUCAAGUUCGGUGAUUCUGUUUUGUGCGGUUACUCGAUAAACGCUAAAGGAAGAAGUGCUUUAGUCCCAUGGAUUUAUCGGACUCUUGAGAUGACAGUCGCUGAUGCAAUCAAAUGGUGUUGUGUUCUGGUAGUGCAUCGACAUCAUGCGAAUGAGAUGAAAGGAGCAAUUGUGAGCCAGUCGAUAGUGAGUGUUUAAUGCUCGGUUGAAAAGAGAAGUUUUUCUUUACAUAAACAAGUAUUCUGUACCGUUAAAAAGAAGAUAAGGAGGCAUCUUCGUGUCUUCUUUUGACGUCAUCCGAGAAUCAUUCCCAGUUGGAAUGCGCUUUUCUACAAGUGGGUAACACCGUAACACAUGUGAAAGGUGUUGAUGUGUCAAUCGAGCGGAGAACGUUCCGAUGCAGUGAUUCGCCUCGAGCAUUGCUUAGAGUCGAGCCAUUCAGUUGAAGAAGGUUAACGGAACGGAAAUUGAAUUUCGUAAUGUGAGUUGAAAUUAGGUGCACUGCGUCGUGAAUGCGAAUGUCGAAUGGGAAGGGAUGUGUAGUAAAAGAUCUCCGGAACUGGAAAUUUACAUCCGAGCUGAAUGAAUUGCGCGCCUUAGGGAGACGGUUUUAAUUGCAACUGGAGAGAGUAAAUUUAAUUAAUUGUUCUGAAUCGUAAAAACCAAGAGAUGCUGUGUGUGUUCUUACGGUUUUGAGCAAAGUUCUACACGAUGCGGUUUAGAUAUUUUUAUGCACGAACAUAAGCAGUGAA